AUGCCAUGGUGGGUCGGUGCUGUGCAUUUCCAGGAAGUUGCUUUCGUCUUCUACAACACCGAGGGUUAUGGCUACCCUCAGAAUCUACUUCCAAACCCUAUGGGCGGGCCAGAGAGGCCGAAUUACCUGGCACUCUCACUGCAGAUGGUCCGGCAAUGGAUCAGCUUCAUCAAUUUUGGCGAUCCGAAUAUGCAUCUGGGUGUGGACGCAGAAACGUGGCCCGCCUACACUCUCGACGGAGACGGCCCACAAAACUUCGUGUUUGAGCAGAACGUCACGUCACACCCUGAGCCAGACUUGUUCCGUGCAGAGGGCAUUCAAUACAUUAGCAAUCUGAUCGUGGCAAGGGCCGGUCGUAAUUGUAGUGGUCUGGUGGCUUGUGGCGAAAGUGACACGGAUUAG